UGGAAACUACAAUCAUCCAUCCAAUCCCAAUACCUACAUUGCCUGCUCUAAUCAAAUAACCUAUGUAAUGCCUUGUCCUGCUGGAUUGGUGUAUAAUGCUCAGAACAACUGGUGUCAAUAUCCUCAGACUUCUACUAUUCUCGGUUCAACCCCACCGCCUUCAUCCUACUGUGCUAAUCGAUCCAAUGGCAACUAUGUCAAUCCCAAUGACAUACACUCCUACAUUGCCUGCUCUGGUUCUCUCACCUAUGUGAUGCCUUGUCCUGCUGGAUUAGUCUAUAAUGGCCCAAGGGACAUGUGUGACUGGCCAAGUGUAUCAGGCAAUACAUACUGUGCUGGUCAGGCUAAUGGGAUCGUGCCACACAGAACCAAGCAGGAUAGCUUUAUCUGUUGCUACAACCAGUGGGAUUAUGGGUUUAGUUGCCAAACAGGAUACGUCUAUUACUACUAUACAAACACAUGUCAAAAUCCAGGUUCUACUCUCUGUACUGGCAAACCCAAUGGAAACUAUGUCAAUCCCAGCAACAUUUACUCCUUCAUCACUUGCUCCAAUCAAAUUCCGUAUGUGAUGUCAUGUCCUGCUGGUCUGGUCUACAAUUUUGCCUUGAAUAUGUGUGAUUGGCCAGCAUCAAGAGAGAACAUCUGCACCAAGAAUGGCGAUGGAAAUUAUCGCAAUUUAGCUGAUGCCAGCUCCUACAUCAGCUGCAGUAAUGGAAUUCCGAAUGUGAUGAAAUGCCCCGCUAAUCUUGUCUUUAAUGAUAAAGGAUAUUGUGAUUGGCCAGACACAGUCACCAAUAAUUUCUGCAGCAGCAGAAAAGACGGCAACUAUGCAAAUGCUUUAAGUGAUACCACCUAUAUUGCCUGCUCCAAUCAAAAUGCAUACGUGAUGCCUUGCCCAUCCAACCUCAUUUAUAACGCUUAUAAAGAUCAAUGUGACUGGUCAGUUUCAUCCACAAACCCCUGCAAUGGAUACUGCCACGGCAGACCUAAUGGACACUAUAGUAAUCUUUAUAACCCUACAGGUUAUGUUGUGUGCUAUGAUGGGUUAACCUAUGUUCAGAGUUGCAAUGCAGGCCUAGUAUAUGAUGCAACUUCUAAUCAGUGCAAUUGGCCAGCAAGACCAGUAAGUUCCAUCUACAGUUUCUGCUCUGCCAGAGCAAAUGGUAACUAUGCCAAUUCCGCUGACUACUCCUCCUAUAUCUCCUGCUCCAAUGAACUCACUUAUAUAAUGCCAUGCCCCGCUGGCCUGAUCUAUAAUCCUGUAAAGGACCAAUGUGACUGGACAGGACCUUUUUACACUGGUUGUAGUUACUGCAGUGACAAAAGUAAUGGACGCUACAUACAUCCCAUUAGAGAAGACAGCUAUUUCUCAUGCAUUAAUCAAAAUUCAUAUGUAAUUUCCUGUCCAAAUGGCGUAACCUAUGAUAGUAACACACAGUGGUGUGCACCUCAAGGCAGAUCAGGCUCUGCAACUUUCUGUGUUGGAAAACAAGAUGGGAAUUAUGCAAAUCCCAGUAACAGUUCCACAUACAUUGCCUGUUCUAAUCAGUACACAUAUGUGAUGCCGUGCUACCCUGGACUGGUCUAUAAUGCAGCAAAGGACUGGUGUGACUGGCCUUCAGCCUCAGCAACUAGUGUGUCUUCUUCAUGUGGCUGCCAGAUUUCUACCAGCUUCUGCAGGACAAAUGUAAAUGGCAACUAUGCUAAUCCAUCCUGCUCCAGAAGUUUCAUCAUGUGCUCAAAUGGACUCACUUACAUAAUGCCUUGUCCAUCAAACCUGAUCUUCAAUGAUAUCUACAAAGUGUGUGUUUUUCCUCCGGGUUCUCCUUAAAGGCCUUACUUUUCCAGAGACAGCAAAGUAACAAACAUGUCCAUAAACAGCAUCAAAUGGAUGAAAAUGAUACUAAAGCCAGAACGUUUUCUGCCACAGCCUGCUGGGAUUUAUAGUUUUACAUGGUUUAGAAAGUCCACUUAAUAUAAUAAGCAAUUACACCUUGUUCUCUGAGUAUCAUUCUUUAAUUAAGAAAUUUCUGAAUUCCUGCAAAAUCCAAAAUAUCCUGAAUUCAGUUAUUCUAAUGAUGCUAAGCAAAAGCAAUGCAGGAAAGGUCAUUUCAUUCUACUGGCUCAAAAUGUUUAAAAACAAGUCAUUGGAUUCUGCUGUCUUCGAAUACUUAGAAAUAUGUUAAUUAAGUGCAAUAACCUAUCUGUUAAUUUUAAAUGAGAAUCACCGCAGAAUAAAUUCCAAUUAAGUGUUUUUCUUGAAAUGCAUAUCAUUUAUUAUUAUUGUGAUUAUUUCUUGCAUUUGACAUCUACUGCAGAUUUAUUUUUUGUUUUCAAAAGAACAAAUAAAUGCUUAUGAUUCAAUA